AUGAGUAGUUUCUCUUCUCCAGACAAGGAGAAAGCCUCUGAGGGUGAUAUUGGUUCGGCAGAGCGCGCAAGUAGCAAUGGCAGCUAUACACCACCACCAGACUUCAGACUUCACCGAGAGCUUAAGAAUCGUCAUGUUGCAAUGAUAAGCAUUGGCGGGGUGAUUGGCACAGGACUGUUCCUCGGGACUGGAUCAGCACUCAUGAAUGGCGGUCCUCUAGGCCUUUUAUUAGGUUACAUAUUCAUUGGGUCAAUAUGCUACUGUGUGAUGGUCACAAUCGGAGAGAUGAUCUCCUACCUCCCAGUUGCCGGCGGUCACAUCAAACUCGCCGAGCGCUUCGUUGAUCCGGCAUUCUCAUUUGCAUUGGGAUGGAAUCUAUGGUACAAUUGGACGUUGUCCGCGGCCGCUACCAUCAUCAAUUUCUGGCAUCCUGGUGUAAACAACGCGGUAUGGAUAACAAUGUGUCUCGUUGUUGCCGUCGGGAUCAACAUGAGUGGUGUUGGCGUGUAUGGUGAAACCGAAUUCAUGUUCGCCUCGAUCAAGGUUGUUACGAUUGUUGGUCUCAUCAUCUUGGGGAUCGUCCUUGACCUUGGCGGUGGCCCGAACCAUGAUCGUAUCGGAUUUCGCUACUGGAAAGACCCUGGCCUGUUUGUUCAAUUUUAUGGCAUAAGUGGCAUGACAGGUCGUUUUCUAGGCUGGUCUCGUGUAGUAACACAAGCUGCAUUCGCAUAUGCUGGGUCAGAAGUCGUGGCUAUGGCGGCUGCAGAAGCCAAGAACCCGCGUAGGAAUCUCCCCAAAGCCAUUCGUCGUGUUUAUAUCCGGCUCCUGCUAUUUUAUAUUGGCGGUGUCUUCGUUAUCGGUCUAGCUGCUGGCAUCAAAGGAUUGCCCGCGGUGAUCAACGCCGCCUUACUGACAUCAGCCUGGUCCGCGGCUUCCAGUGACCUUUACAUUGCCUCCAGAGGCCUAUAUGGCCUCGCCGCCUCCGGCAAUGCCCCCAAAAUAUUUCUCCGCACCUCGCGGUCCGGGCUUCCCUAUGUCGCAGUAGCCACGUGUGCUUCUUUCUCCCUCCUCGCCUACAUGGCAGUCAGCACGAGUUCCGGAAUGGUCUUCACGUGGUUCUCUAGCAUGUGUGCCACUGCGGGCCUCACGACCUGGUUUGGCAUCGGUGUCAUCUAUCUGCGCUUCCGCAAAGGCUUCCUCGCACAGGGGCACAAGAUCAUUGAGCUCCCAUAUUCCUCUCGACUCCAGCCCUUCGCCGCCUGGUGGGCCGUCAGCGCAUCGCUUUUGACGCUGUUAUUCAGUGCAUGGGAAGUCUUCCUGAGAGAUAACUGGUCAACAGCAACGUUCAUGACCAAUUAUCUGCCCGUGAUGCUUUUCCCUGUUUUAUAUACCAUCGCCAAAAUCUGGAAGCGAGUCCCUGUAGUCAAGCCAGACGAGAUGGACUUCCAUUCUGGCAUCGCGGAAAUCGAGGCAAUGACACAUGCAGACGUGCCCCCGAGGAAUUUUGUGGAGGCAUUUUGGAUGGCGGUUUCAUAA